AUGAACCACUCUUCCUCUAUCAACUCAGAAACCACCCACCUCGAGGGACAAGACCCACAGAAAUGGAUCACAUACUGUGACGUACAUCGCCUUCCCUUGCUAGCCGAUGAAACAAGGCCAAUCUCCAUCGGAGAGAACGUUCUAUCCAAGGCCUCAGGCAGGUUUCUAUGGGCAGACUUGAUGUUCGAGAUCGUCAAACGGCAACCCACUACAUCUAAUAUCACUGCUUGCCUGGAGACUGCGCCGGAUGAUGCUAUGGAACUGGUCCCAUUGUUGUUGCAGGUCUACAGCAAUGUACUUACACGAGAAGAGCAGGUCUACAGCAAUGUACUUACACGAGAAGAGCGUGAAGAGCUGUCUUGGAUCAUAUUACUCCUAACACACAACCGACACACUGGCCACACCUGCACCCUUGCAAGUCUCGAUCGCAUGUUGUUCGAGACCUCGCUGACCGGCCGCACGGGCACCUCUCUCGGUGAAAGAAUACGCGACAACUUCACUCCUCUGUUUGAUCUCGAACAAGAGGAUGGGAUCACUCUCAGUCAUCUCAAGAUCCACGAUCCUGCACGCGCUUUUGGGCUUACGUGCACACCUUCCACGACGACUGUUACUUUUGCGCACCCAUCGCUCACUGAGUAUUUUCUUCAACACCGCGACAAAUCUCUCAACGGGAGGGUGAAAGACGCCCCUGUCUUCAACAGCGCUGAGCUACAUUUUCGCCUACUACAGCAAUGCUUUCUUAGUUUCGCUGAGCCUCAAAGCGAACCUUUGACUGAAGCGGCCGAAGCGUUUCGGAGGUACGCCGCUACUCACUGGUACACCCACCUCGCAGGCACUUUACCGAGUGACAAUGUCGAAGCCCUGAAUCUUUCGGAAGACGACCGUGAAGAGAUGUUAGGGCCUCUUAACCAUUUCUUCAAAGAUGAGAAUAUCGUGCAGCACUGGUGUCAGCACCUACCAGCAACAUUCUUCAGCAGAGCCAGAUCUGAAGAUGUGGGCGAGUUGAAAAGUCUUUGCUAUUACCACUCAGACCCAGAAGCGUUCGAGUUUAUCAAACUUAGCGCCUUCAUGAGCUCCAAAAGGUGGCAGGACUUCUGGCUACCAGUAGCAAAGGUGCACGCCAAGAAGGGACUACAUGGCGACUGGGAUCGAAACCACUCACUCCAGGUAAUCUUCCACAUCAAGCAUCUCGUCGAUACAGAAGAUGCGGUCGCAGAUAUCCGAGGAGAUUUAUCCGAGCAAGAGAUGACUGAGGCUGCGGAAUGGACCGAGUUGGAGUCGAAGACACGUCCGCCUCAUUUCUCCUUGAAAGAAGAGAGCCCAGGGUUUGAAGAGGAGGAGACAUCGUCUUCUGUGGCGACUCAGAGUAUCAUUGAGGCAUGA